CGCAGAGCUGCAAUUGAAUUUAUCGAUUAACAAAAAAGAAACACAUUUAUAUUUUAUUCGCUAAAACGAUCUAAGUUCAUAGUUUAGCUAUUUAAAUCAAACUAUUAAGCAAUGGAUAACUUUUUGCAAUAUUCUGCUGAACAGCAGGAGGAAUAUGACGAUGAUGAGGAUGAAGAGCAGAUGCGCACCUUGUUCUGCCAUAAUUUAGACGAGCGCGUUACAGAAGAGAUUCUGUAUGAAGUAUUUCUACAAGCUGGCCCCAUUGAAAGCGCACGUAUUCCUUUGGAUAAUACGGGACGACAACGGAAUUUUGGUUUUGUUACAUAUCAACACAGAAGUGCAGUGCCGUAUGCAGUAAAGCUGUACCAAGGAUUGGAGCUGUUCCACAAGAAGGUCUCAAUUAGGUCGCAAUCGGUUCGCCCACGACAUGGAUCCUCCGGCAAUGCCACUAAAUGAUCAUGUCGGUCCGAGGCAUUCUCGUCACAGCAUCCAUGAUAACAAAAACAAACUUAAUAGAGAUGAUAUAAGGCGACAAUCCGAUGAGGGCAAUCGACGUAGAAUGCAUCAACAACAUCCCUUUAACAGCAGUGAAGGUAAUCGAAGAUCUGAUCGACGCUAUAGUCAUGGAAAAAAAUGAUUGCUUUGAGAUUUAGGAGAGUAUUCAAAGAAUGUAUACAAAUAAAAUAACAUUUAUUUCACUAA